AUGGGUAUACCGGAUAAGCUUUAUUAUAGAAUUAAUAAAAUUCUCCUCAGUUUUCUCGGGCAAUGGCCUUUUCAGAGAACCUUGUAUAAAUAUCUAGGUAGAAUUAGUUAUGCUUGUGCAACAGUAAGCGUGUCUGUGCCACUGGUUCUGCGAUUAUUCGAAGUUUGGGGCAACUUGGAUUUGGUAAUAGAAUGUUUAUCGAUUAUCGUAUCCCAGGCUGGAACGACUAUCAAGUUUUCUAACUAUAUUUUCAAUGAAGAUAAGAUAAAAAAUCUAGUAUUUCGUAUGCAAGCUGAUUGGUCAGCGGAUAUUUUUCAACCACAUCUGGAGAUUUUUAAAAAAUAUGCGACAGACGGAAAAAAAUUGACGCAAUUUUACGGUGUUUGCAUGUUCAUGACACUGAUUACGUUUGUCUUUAUGCCCGUGGUACCCAAACUAUUGGAUGUCAUCAUGCCCCUAAAUGAAUCAAGGCCUUUAGUUUAUCCUCUCCCAAUAUCGUACGGAACUAUCAAUAUGGAUAAAUAUUAUAUCCCAAUAAUGAUUCAUGCUGAUUAUGUUGUUUUCAUCACCGUAACUACGAUUGUCGCAAUGGAUACCACUUACGCCGUGUAUGUUCAACACGCCUGCGGUAUGUUCGCCGCUUUGGGAUUACAACGUUUGAUGGAACCUUUUAGAAAUAAAUGCAUCCAUGAAAGCAGCACUGGAAGCAUGGAAAAUGCCGCGUAUCAAGCGAUCGUCGAUUGCAUCGAAAUGCACAAGGGAGCCAUAAAAUUCGCUGACAUGAUUGAAUCGGCUCAUACAGUUGUAUUAUUCUGCGUAAUUGGUAUGAGUGUUAUAUCGAUGAGCGCAGCAGGAUAUCAGGUUAUAAUGAAUUUGGAGAAGCCAAACGAGGCUUUCAGAUUUGCUAUCUUCACAUUGGCACAAUUUUUCCACGUGUUCUACCUCAGUUGGCCCGGUCAGAAAUUGAUUGAUCACAGUGAACGAAUACACGAUUUAGUAUAUGAAGCAACGUGGUAUAAAACUUGUCCCCGUUCACAAAAAUUACUAAUCCUCAUGAUGAUGAGGAGUAUCCGGCCUUGCAAGAUAACAGCUGGCAAAUUAUAUGACAUGUCUUUCGCUAAUUUCAGCAUGGUUAUAAGAACAACCAUGUCAUACUUCACUAUGCUCACCUCCUUCAGAUGCCAAGAAAUGGGUAUACCGGAUAGGCUUUAUUAUAGAAUUAAUAAAAUUCUCCUCAGUUUUCUCGGGCAAUGGCCUUUUCAGAGAACCUUGUAUAAAUAUCUAGGUAGAAUUAGUUAUGCUUGUACGAUAAUAAGCGUGUUUGUGCCACUGAUUCUGCGAUUAUUCGCGGUUUGGGGUAACUUGGAUCUGGUAAUAGAAUGUUUAUCGAUUAUCCUCUCUCAAACUGGAACGGCUAUCAAGUUUUCUAACUAUAUUUUCAAUGGAGAAAAGAUAAAAAAUCUAGUAUUUCGUAUGCAAGCUGAUUGGUCAGCGGAUAUUUUCCAACCACAUCUGGAGAUUUUUAAAAAAUAUGCGACAGACGGGAAAAAAUUGACGCGACUUUACGGUGUUUGCAUGUUCAUGACACUGAUAACGUUUGUCUUUAUGCCCGUGGUACCCAAACUAUUGGAUGUCAUCAUGCCCCUCAAUGAAUCAAGGCCUUUAAUUUAUCCUCUCCCAAUAUCAUACGGAAAUAUCAAUAUGGAUAAAUAUUAUAUCCCAAUCGUGAUUUAUGCUGAUUAUGCUGUUUUCGUCACCGUAACUGCGAUUGUUGCAAUGGAUACCACUUACACCGUGUAUGUUCAACACGCCUGCGGUAUGUUCGCCGCUUUGGGAGAUAGAUUACAACGUUUGAUGGAACCUUUUAGAAAUAAAUGCAUCCAUGAAAACAGCACUGGAAGCAUGGAAAUGGAAAAUGCCGCGUACCAGGCAAUCGUCGAUUGUAUCGAAAUGCACAAGGGAGCCAUAAAAUUCGCUGACACGAUUGAAUCGGCUCACACAGUUGUAUUAUUCUGCGUAAUUGGUAUGAGUGUUAUAUCGAUGAGCGCAGCAGGAUAUCAGGUUAUAAUGAAUUUGGAAAAGCCAAACGAGGCAUUCAGAUUUGCAAUCUUCACACUGGCACAAUUUUUCCAUGUGUUCUUCCUCAGUUGGCCCGGUCAGAAAUUGAUUGAUCACAGUGAACGAAUACACGAUUUAGUAUAUGAAGCAACAUGGUAUGAAAUUUGUCCCCGUUCACAAAAAUUACUAAUCCUUAUGAUGAUGAGGAGUAUCCGGCCUUGCAAGAUAACAGCUGGCAAAUUAUAUGACAUGUCUUUCGCCAAUUUCAGCAUGAUUAUAAGAACUACCAUGUCAUACUUCACUAUGCUCACCUCCUUCAGAUGAAUCUGCGGAAAAAAAUUGUUACUGGUGCAAAAAGUUCGGCAUUCAAACGAAAAGCUUUCGGUCGUAGCGACCUCGAAUCAUAUGUAAGGAGGAUAUUUGUGAAUAAAAAUUUACUACUAGUACGAUUACAGAAAAAAUUCAAGAUUUCCAGAUAACGUAGUAACAAAACCAUACGAGAGUCCAAUCUCGCGACAAUCUUUUCACAGCACCUUUUUU